GGAAACAUGGGGCAAAGCUGCUUGGAGAUGACCCUCAACUUUAAGUAGAGAAAUCUGGAGGCUAGAUCCAUGAUUUUGCUCAGCUGUAAAAAGAAUCAUGCCAUUUGUAACCAGUAUUAAGAAUUUCUCAUCAUGAGCUUCAAGAGAGCAGAUGCUGAUUCAACAACUGCAUGUCCAGAUAUAGAAGGUGGUCAGUUGGAUUGCAUCUCUGACCCUAUUGGAUGUCUGCUGUUCUGUGAUGCCCCAAAAAUGUACCAGACCGGAGAUCUCAAAGAUUAUGAAAAAGUUACUCCUCCAAAUUCCUCCAUGACUGCAUCUCCGUUCUCAUGUGGUUCCCCGCGCUUCUACUCUUGCUUACCAGUAGCUGAAACAAUAGCAGGGUCCAGGAACUCUUAAACCAGCCACUGCUGCAAUUUAUCACUUCCCACCCCAGGUUUAACGUUUGAUAAUACGUCCAUUUCUUUGCCAUAACUUGAAAAAUUCUACUGAAUUGUAAUUUCCAAGAUAAGACCCUCACAUUGUAUUAUUUCUUUUAUUAAUGUUCCUUAUCUUAAUGUUGAUUGUUAAUAUGAGAC